AUGUGUUGUACCAAUAAUUGUAUAAAUACAGAAAAUCCUGAUGGUAAUUGUGUUAAAGGAUAUGGAUAUGGAAAUAUAAUUGAUGAUGAAAAUAUUAAGUAUAUUAAUUGUUUGGAGGGGAAAUGUUUUGAUCAAUAUAUUACUGUUUAUGCUGAAAAUUCAUUUAAAGCCCCACAAAAUUCCUUCAAUUAUUCUUUAUAUUAUUUUGAAGUUAAAUGUAAAUUUGAAAGAGAAAAGAGUUCAGUUUGGAUGAAUAUUGGUUUGAAAAAUUUAAAUACAAAUAAAUAUAUUUAUUAUUAUGCAAAUAAUAAUAAAAUUUAUAAUGAGAAAGACGAAGCAUUUAAUGUUAAAAUAUAUUGGAAGAAUAAUGAUUAUUUUGGGUGUGGAUUAGUUUAUCCUCCAAGUAACAUGACGGAUAAAUUUCCUUAUGUUUUCUUUACUCAAAAUGGAAAAGAAAUUGGCAAAUAUAUUUAA